GUAAUUUAUACACUUACACUUAACUGCUCAUCAUGUCUACUAACAAGGAAAUGAAAACCGCUACUGCUUCUACGCUCAAUCAGCAUGUUCAUCCUUUUGAUCAACUUACUGGUGAUGAAAUCAUUCAAACGGCUGCUAUUGUGCGUCAGGCCAAACCUGAAGUCGAUCUGGUGUUUAACACCAUCACUCUCAAGGAACCCAACAAGCAAGUCAUGCUUUCUUAUCUUGGUUGGGAUACCUCCAAGCCCCGUAUUACCAAGGUUGAACGUGAAGCUCUCGUUGUCAUUUUAGAGAAGGUUACCAUGAAGUGUUACGAAGCUAUUGUUUCUUUGACCCACAAUACACUCAAGUCUUGGACAUACAUGCCUGAUGUCCAACCUAUGUUGACUAUGGACGAUAUGUUUGAAGUCGAAGAGCUUGUCUUGAAGGACGAAAAGGUUAUUCAAGAAUGCCGUGAACUUGGUAUUACUGAUAUGUCUUGCGUUUUCAAUGAUCCUUGGGCUAUUGCUCGCCACGUCAGUCAUCCUGGUCGUGAAAAGCGUUUAAUGCAAGCUCUUAUGUAUAUGCGUACUUGUGAGGAAGAUAAUCAAUACGCUCACCCAUUGGAUUUCGUUCCUAUUAUCGAUUUGGGCUUAAAGAAGGUUAUUGCUAUCGAACGAAUUAAGCCUAGAGAUUCCAAGUACAGUCGUCCUACUAUUCCACUUCAACAGCACAACUUUUUACCUGAAUUUGUCGGUGAAGAAAAUUAUCGUAAGGACGUCAAGCCUAUUAUCAUUCAACAACCUCAAGGCGUUUCUUUCACUGUGAAGGGUAAUGAAAUUGACUGGCAAAAGUGGAAUUUGCGUAUCUCUAUGAACUAUCGUGAAGGUCUCGUUCUUCACAACAUCAGUUAUCAGGAUGGCCCUGAAAAGCGUCCUCUUUUCUACCGUAUUUCUCUUUCUGAAAUGGUUGUUCCUUAUGCUGAUACCAACACUCCCCAUCAUCGUAAACAUGCUUUUGAUGUCGGUGAAUACGGCCUUGGUCUUUGCACCAACAGUCUUCAACUUGGAUGUGAUUGUUUAGGUUCAAUCUAUUACUUUGAUGCUGUCUUCAACGACCAUAAUGGUCAACCAGUUGAAAUUCCUAGCGCCGUCUGUAUGCACGAAGAAGAUUAUGGUAUUUUGAUGAAGCACACUGAUUACCGUAACGGUCGUGCUCACACUAUCCGUUCCAGAAGAUUGGUUAUUUCUCAAAUUGUCACUGUUGCCAACUACGAUUACGGUCUUUACUACUAUUUCUAUCAAGACGGUACCUUUGAAUAUGAAGUUAAGGCUACUGGUGAGCUUAAUACUCAUGUUUUGGCUGAAGAUGAGUCAGCCGCCGGCAUGGGUACCAUUGUCGCUCCUCAAAUCAACGCUCAAUAUCACCAACAUUUCUUCACCAUGCGUAUCGACCCUAUGAUCGACGGUCAAAACAACUCUGUUCAACAAGUAGAUACCUAUACCUUACCCUAUCCUACUGGCCAUCCCAAGAACCCCUUUGGUAACGGUUUUACCUCUGAUUACACAAUUUUAAAAGACACCAAGGAAGGUCAACAAAAUGCUUGUUAUGAAACUCAACGUUUCUGGAAGAUCGUCAAUACAGACCGUAUUCACCCUUACAGUAAAACUCCUGUCGGUUGGAAGAUCUCCUCUGGUCACACCGCACCUUUCUUCGCAAAGGACGACUCACUUGUUGCUGAACGCGCUGGUUUCGCUAAGAAGACAUUGUGGGUCACUCCUUAUGAUGAGAAUCAAAUGUUUGCUGGUGGUUUCUACUGUAAUCAAUCCGGCGGCGAUGAUACGGUUGAAGUCUGGGCUAACCGUGAAGUCCAAGAUAUUCAACAAAAAGAUAUUGUUCUUUGGUACACUUUCGGUAUUACUCAUUUACCCAGAGUUGAAGAUUUCCCUAUUAUGCCUGUCGAAUACUGUGGUUUCACUAUUAAGCCUUGUAAUUUCUUCAUCGCUAAUCCUGCUCUUGACGUUCCUCCUACAAAUAAGAAGAUUAAUCACUCCGUUCUUGCUCACGAAAACUCAUCUAAAGGUGAAGGUCCCAAGUCCUGUUGUUCCACCAAGCUUUAAGUAAACCAUCAUAUCCCCCCUCCCCUGAGCAGUUCAUAUUUUUUUAAUUCUUGCUAAUACCAUACUAUACAAAUCACAAUUCACAAAACAUUACACACAAACAUUCUUAUUUAUCUAUAUGUAUUGUCUAACCAUUGCACCGCAACCUUUUUUUGUAAAUGCC